AUGGGCAAGGCCAAGUCGGCAAAGCGCAACGGUGGCGCAUCCGCCUCGCCGUACGAGCGGCCCUCGAAGCCAGGCGGCGGCGGCGGCGGCGGCGGCGGCGGCGGCGGCUCCUCCAAGGCCAGCAGCAACAAUAUUUUCAAGUUCAACACGUCGAGUUAUGGCCAGCACAUUCUCAAGAACCCGGGUGUGGCCGAGGCUAUUGUGGUCAAGGCGAACCUGAAGCCGACAGACACGGUGCUCGAGAUUGGUCCCGGAUCGGGUAACCUGACGGUGCGGAUCCUGGAGCGGGCGAAAAAGGUCAUUGCCGUCGAGAUUGAUCCCCGCAUGGCCGCCGAGGUCACCAAGCGUGUCCAGGGCACCCCCGAGCAGCGCAAGCUCGAGGUCCUCAUGGGCGAUGUCAUCAAGCUGCCCAACGACAAGCUGCCCGCCUUUGAUGUCUGCAUCAGCAAUACCCCAUACCAGAUCUCGAGUCCGCUCGUCUUUAAGCUGCUGAGCAUGCCGAACCCGCCCAGGACGAGCGUGCUCAUGUUUCAGCGGGAAUUCGCGCUUCGACUUACGGCGCGCCCUGGCGAUGCUUUGUACUGUCGAUUGAGCGUCAAUGCACAGUUUUGGGCUCGAAUUACACAUAUCCUCAAAGUCGGCAAGAAGAACUUCAACCCACCACCUCUGGUCGAAUCCAGUGUCGUCAAGAUCGAGCCCAAGAUGGGCGCCGACCGGCCCCAGGUGUCGUGGACUGAAUGGGACGGCAUGCUGCGCGUAUGCUUCAACAGGAGGAACAAGACAAUGAGGAGCAGCUGGCUGGGCACCAAGGAGGUGCUGAACAUGGUCGAGCGAAACUACCGGGUCUGGUGCAGCAUGAACAAUGUUGCACUGGAGGAGGGCACCGUGGACGAGGAUGACGACGACGAGGACAUGGAUGUCGACAAUGGCAACGCGGGCGCCGGCGAUGAAGAGGAGGAGUGGGGCGGCAUGGACGUUGACGGCGACGAGGCCGAGAAAAAGGACAGCAGCGACCUCCCUUCGUUCUUUGAAGAGUUGAAGCAGGCGUCGAGCGAAGUCCCCAAGACGAAAUCCAAGAGGAAGAAGACCAAGGUGGCCGCGCUGGUACGCGAGAAGAUCAGAAAGGUCCUGGAGGACGACACGGGACUGGCCGACCAGAGAUCCGGAAAAUGCACAGAAAACGACUUUUUGAGGUUGCUGCACGCUUUCAAUUCCGAAGGUCUUCACUUCUCCUAG